AUGUGCCGCAAAAAGCUCCGCAUGGCCAACGUCCACCGCGCCAGGCGUCCUCUUAAGCAGAAAUGGCCACCCAACCGGCAUGUCUUGCUUGAAUCUUAUUUCGACUUUACUUUACCCUCCGCGACCGUUGAGUCCCCGACCAAGAGAAUAUGCGACCGUCGCGCACCUUCCGUUGCCACGUCCCAGACUCUAUGUCCCAACACGACGAGCGAGGAUCAUCAGUUGGCACAUCGUCUGUCGGACCCUCUAUACCCCAAAAGUGGAUUUAUCGCUACGGGCGAGACAACCAUUACUGAACAAGGAAGUUCUGCACCUAUGUCCGAGAAGAUGACGCAGCAUGAGACCGAAUGA